AUGCCCUGGCACACUCAGGGAGCUCUGGGCACACAGCAGGAUGUGACAGCUACAGCACACACAGCCAGCACAGGACUUUCCAGAGGCACCAACCCGCCAGGCAGUACGAGAGCAGCAAGUCUGACGCUUCCACAUGUGAACCAAGAUGGAAAGGUCAGCCCUGCCCAUGCUUCUCCCUCCAACACAGAAGUGGGUGAUGCCAACCUGCUACACAGCACUAGUACAGACCCACAUCCAGAGCUCCUGCAGUCACGUGCGUCGUCCCUCCCCGCCAAGCCCUGCACCGCUCAAAGCUCAUCCCCGCCCGAAAGCACUGAGGGCAGCGCCGAGCCCCACAGGCCGACACUGCCGAGCGCCCUCCCCGGAGCGACCCCGCCCGCCGCGCCUGCGCAGCCGCGCCGCGCAAACAGGCCCCGCUCGGCGGCCCGGGGACGCUGCCCGGGGCCGUCCCCGCGGGGAGGCGGCUCCGCGGGGCCAGCAUCCGCCGCCACGGCCGCUGUGCCCCGCCGUCUCCGCAGGCCACAGCCCCGCCCAGCCGGGCCCCACCGUUCGCGCCGGCCCUAG